CAACUGGGCUUUUGUUUAAAAUGAAGUAUACUCGUAUUGCCUUUGUUGCCAUCGCCAUUCUGCUGAGUCUGUCCAGGAGUCGUUGUUGGGUGCACGCCAAGCCAGAGAUGUGCCAGCAGCCUUCUUCGAUGGCGGGCAUGGCGCAGGAUGGAGCUGCCUGCCUGGCUUUCAUGCCAGCCUGGACAUAUGACGCCUCCAAUAACGCCUGCACCACAUUCCUGUUCGGUGGCUGCGGGGGAAACUCCAAUCAGUUCUCUAGCAAGAGUGAAUGCGAAAGGGCCUGCAAGGACUAAGGAAGCACAGAAACAGGGUUACAUGUUUGCAUCUCGGGCAAACCCCACAAUGUGAAACAAAACAAUUUUGUAACCUAAAAUCGAAAACAAACAAUCGGCAAUCUUGUUUCGCAAUAUUGCAAAAAAAUAAAAACUUAACUAUA